ACAUGUAGCUAAUUAAAAGCACUUACAACAUGAUUGUACGCGUGGCGAUACUUGUGCUCUGCGUUGCGGUCCAAGGGCGCGGUAGCCCAAUGGCCACAACGUAUGAUACCAUUAUAGUAGGACUUGGGCCGGCCGGCUGUACUGCAGCAUCAACCCUCGCUCAGGCUGGCAAAAAAAUACUAGCUCUGGAAGCACAGAAUAGGAUCGGAGGGAGAGUUAAAACAGUACCUUUCGGUGAUGGAGUGAUUGAACUUGGAGCUGAAUGGAUCCAUGGGACCCAUCCGAGUCGUGUUUACGAUCUGGCCAUCAAGAACAACGUCUCCAUCAUAUCUCAGAACCUGGGCUUCGAAGCGUAUCGUUCGAAUGGAACGAAGGCGGACACGGCUCUCAUCAAUGAGCUGUUCGAAUACACCCUGGAGGUUCAAGAGCAUCCACCCGAGACUCCUCAGCCUCUGGGACAGUUCAUCACAACGAAAAUUAAGGAGUACUUAGGUGAGAAACACCCGGACGUGUUGAAAGAUAAAGAUUACGUCGACGAAAUCCUUCAUUUCCUCGAUCUUCUAGUCGAUAAUUACGAGGCUUCUAACAGCUGGAACGAUGUGACUACUCAGACGCACUACGUGGACUUGGAAGGGGAUCAGCACAUGAGCUGGCACAGGAACGGAUACAGCACCCUGUUCGAUAUAUUGCUGAACACGUAUAAGGGCGGUCCCGGUUACCCUAAUCUGGAAAUACAGCUGAACAAGGAGGUGGUCCUAAUCGAAUGGCCAACGGACCCAGAGCAGCUGGUCACGGUGAGCUGCAAAGAUGGCACCAAAUAUACCGCGAACAAUGUCAUAGUAACAGUAUCUUUGGGGGUUUUGAAGGAAAGUCACAAAACAUUAUUUCGACCUACCCUACCAGGAAAAAAAAUAAAAGCAAUAAACAGCACGUCUAUAGGAGUUGUAGACAAGAUUGUACUGUCGUUCGAACGGGCAUGGUGGCCGAAAGGUCUUAGUUUCUUCGGGUUUCUGUGGGACGAGAAUUGCCUGAAGAGGGUGAGGAGUGAAGAUAUGUGGAUGACGCAAAUUUUUGGCGCCAGUUGCCCCAAAGGAUCCGAUAUAUCCAUGACGUUGUGGACAAGUGGAAACGGGGCCAAACUGGUGGAGAAGUUACCCGAAGACGUGGUCAAAAGUAAAAUAAUGGAGAUACUCAGGAAAUUUCUGGGCAAACACUUCACUAUACCGGAACCGGUCGCAAUGAUAAGGUCGGACUGGCACAGCAAUCCGUUCACACGAGGCAGCUACACUUACGAUAACGUAGACGCGCCAAAGUACCCUGACGCCAGGAUCCACUUGGGCGAACCGUUGCUGGACUCUGCCGGGAAACCAAGGGUCCUGUUCGCCGGCGAAGCCACGGAUCCGACUCAUUUCUCGACUGUACACGGUGCCACGGAUACCGGGUACAGGGAGGCCAUGAGGUUAUUACCCGCAACGAGUAAAAUAUAAAUUAACAAUAAAAUAAAAUAAAAAAAUCACCAAGUCCGAGACACAUGCCGUUACUCGAAAAGAUGCCGCUACUCGACGAGAUGCCACUACUCGACAAAAUGCCACUACUCAAUAAAAUGCCACUACUCGACAAAAUGCCACUACUCGACAAAAUGCCACUACUCGACAAAAUGCCACUACCCGACAAGAUGCCACUAUAAGUACUAUAAAUAAACUAAUCAAAUCUGUUUCGAUUCUAUUCGUAAUCAUAUAGCCGAGUUUCUGUAACAGAUUUGUUUAAAAUCUCUUGAAAAUAAAAAUGUAUGUAAAUGUAUUUAUAUUAUCAAGAUGAGGCCAUGAUUUUGAAGUUGUUUAGAUAAUUUAUUUCAAACAGCUUUGUCCGUUUGUGUUUGCCAUAAAUGGUUGAAGCAGUCCACUAGAGGCUAUUUUUAU